AACCGAAGUGCCCUCGUGAUGCCGCGUGUGUGGAGAGGAGAUCGGCGGGGCACAGCGCACCGCGAGCGAGCAAGUUUUCUCCAAACCGAGGAUGCCAAGAGAGACAGCGUUAUCUCCAUCCGCUUCCCACGCCGCGUGGUGGACACUUGAAGAAAGGGAAAGCGUGAACUUUGAAGCUAAAGCUGGGAGUAUUUGACGCGACCCACUGAACAUGACUUUCAUCCGCACUCUAGGAUUUAAAAGUUCGCAAAAAUGAAGUUCGGCAAAGGCGUCUGUAUCAUAAACGUGGGUGGCACCAAGUAUGCUUUUCCAAAGGACGUAAUAAAGGAUUUCCCUUUGAGGAGAGUGAGUCGUCUCCACAGUUGCGCCUCGGAGAGAGAAGUGCUGGAAGUGUGCGAUGAUUACGAUAGAGAGAGGAACGAGUUCUUCUUUGACAGACAUUCAGAAGCGUUCGGCUUCAUUAUGCUGUACGUGAAGUACGGCAAACUGCGCUUCGUCCCGCAUAUGUGCGAGCUGUCGUUUUACAACGAGAUGAUUUACUGGGGUUUGGAGAGCUCCCAUUUGGAGUUCUGCUGCCAGCGGAGACUCGACGAACGCAUGUCCGACACGUACACUCACUUCACCGAGGAGCACCACGAAACGGACGAUGAAUUCAGGACGGAUUCGUCGUCAAACGGGAAGCGGGACUCAAAGUGGAUGGAGCGAAUGCGCAGGACUUUCGAGGAGCCCACCUCCUCCCUGGCUGCGCAAAUUUUGGCGUCCGUGUCGGUGAUUUUUGUCAUUGUGUCCAUGGUAAUGCUUUGCGCGAGCACUCUUCCAGACUGGAAAACUGCCGAGAGCAACACAGUGGAAGAGCAAAGGUACACAGACUCUUUAGAGCAUCCAUCCGGGAUCAUUGAGGCGGUGUGCAUCGGAUGGUUCACGGCAGAGUGCAUCGUACGCUUCAUUGUGUCCCGAGACAAGUGUGAGUUUGUGCGACGUCCACUGAACAUCAUAGACCUGCUGGCCAUUACCCCCUAUUACAUCUCUGUCACCAUGACAGUUGUGACUGGAGAAAACUCACAGCUGCAGAGAGCCGGCGUCACACUGCGCGUGCUACGCAUGAUGCGAAUCUUCUGGGUCAUCAAGCUAGCGCGACACUUCCUGGGGCUCCAGACUUUAGGGUUAACAUUGAAGCGCUGCUACCGUGAGAUGGUCAUGCUCCUGGUCUUCAUUUGUGUGGCAAUGGCCAUAUUCGGAGCACUGGCGCAACUUCUAGAGCACGGCCUGGAUCUGGAGUCCGGGAAUGAGGAAUACGCUAGCAUUCCUGCCGCCUGCUGGUGGGUUAUUAUCUCCAUGACCACUGUUGGCUAUGGAGACAUGUACCCCAUCACUGUGCCGGGACGUGUGCUUGGUGGCCUGUGUGUCGUCAGUGGAAUAGUGCUGCUGGCUCUUCCGAUCACCUUCAUCUACCACAGCUUUGUGCAGUGCUACCACGAACUCAAGUUCCGCUCGGCUCGCUGCACCCGAAGCCUGUCUGCCGAGUUCCUCAACUGACUCUGAGGUUUGGCUGCGGCCAAUAACUGGACCGCUUUCUCCUAGAGAAAUCAAUGGCUAGUGCAAAGAUCUCCCUAGGCAUUUCCGUCUGCUGCAUUCAUCUCCAGAACAGACUCUCUCAGCGCUGCUGAGCUCCAGUGUGUGUUGUAUAUGUUACUCAAGGGGCUGGAGGAGGCUGCCAUGGUGACUGUAUCGCAGAGGCCAGGUGUACUUGACAGGUACACACUGCUGGAGGGAAACUUUCAGAGGCCUUGAAAAGACUCAAAAACCUCUCUCUGAGAUCUGCGCAUUACCUUAUAUAUGUGGCGUUCCUCCAAAGGAUUUAGCUUUUGAACGCCACUUAGGCAGCCCACAGUGUUGGCAAGCAGAUACGAGAGAAAUAAAUUAAUCGUCUUGUCACCCAGGAACCUUUCUCUUUGAUGAUGCCUUUAUUUAUAAGCAAUGGAGUUUUAAAGCAGUACCACUUUUCCAGCAUUUAAAAUAUUGAGAGCCUCUCUUUUUUAAUGACAAUAGAUUACAAAAACAUGAAUUUUAAUCUAUCUGUUCCAGUUUCUGAAUACUAUUUCCAGGCUAAAUUGUUGUGUAGACCCAAUUUAGUGUGACAGCAAACCUCCAGAGGUAGUGGGACAUAAUGAGCGGAAUAGACUGAGAAUUACAAGGAUAAAGUGAGAGCUGUGUGGGCAGUUUUGCUGAGAGGAACAUAACAGCCAUCGAGAGAGAGUGCUGUCAUGGAGAGUUGGGUGUUUUGGAUGACACCACGCAGAGCGUGUAGAGUUCUCCCCGAAUCCUCUACCUUUGAAUGUCUUCUACCGCCCUGCCAGUUUUCACACAGGAGUGAGAUGCCUUGAGGCUUGUGCACCCUUGGGGUUGCAUAGAAAGCAAGGUUCUGGAGAUCUUUAAUGACACAGCUACCUCAAGGCCAUCUCCUCCCAUGGAGUCACCCAUGACACCCACUUCUCCCCGACUCACUGCUGUCUCUAUGUUAUUGUGGCCCUUAUGUUCCUUAAUGCUCUUAAGGGAACAUUCAGAGAUUGUGCUGUUAUCUGGGUUUUCAUCUCGACACAUUUAUUUAAGUGCACCUUUGGAGGAAAAAAAAAACAAACAAACAAAAAAACUGUGUGUAAAAUUGUAACAGAAGAGUUAAUUGAUGUCAAAUAACAUGUAAAUAAUGUUGGCCAGUUUCCAUUGUUAAAUGGAAGUCAACAUUUAAGGAAGAGUCAUCAUGAAAAUUGACCCUGUUUAUUUUCUUGGGCAUUCAUCUCUGCAUUAUUCCAAAUUCAAAAAAGUCUUAACUUAAUAAUUUGAUCCACCUUUGAAAGACCCUCCUUAGCUGAUAAUGUUCAUGUUUUGUUUUGUUUUGUUUAUAACUCCUCCCUUUCAACCUAGUCCCUUAUGGUACGUAAUAUCCACUUUUCUAUCCUACAUUUUCCUCACUGAAUGUGCUGUUCUGUUACACAUGUUAAUAUUCAGAGCAGAGAAGUAAAACGGAUUCAUGUUGACUUCAAAAGAAAACAUUUUGCACUUUUGUUGCAAACUACACAAUUUGUUUUUAAUAUGGUAAACCUUCCAUUGUCAAUGUAUGCAUCUCACAGUACAUAAUAAAAUUACAACUAUGA